CCACCUUCCAGAGCCAUUCUCCUGCCCCCCUCCACACAACCACACACCUCCCUCCCUCCACAAACAUGCCCUACUACACCUGCACCCAAGACAACAACGACUUCACCCGCGAAGCCGAUCUCAUCGAACAUAUCCGCCACCACCACUACGCAGACUUCAUCCGAAGACCCGGAUACCCAGGAAUCGAAGACAGCCAUGGUCACAUGUGGUACUGUUUCGAGUGUGAUCGGCCCACGAGCGAUCACCGAAGCUUUGAUUCUGAUCGUGCAAUGUUGAACCAUUUGAGGUCUUGUCAUGGGUAUUUUACGGAUUCUAGCUAUGAAGAUUAGGUUGGGUUGCUCCCCAUGCAAUGCAAUGAUAUGCUAUGCGUUGAUGAUGAAAUCGUUCGGUUGAUGGAAGGGGAAAAAGAAAAGUUGGGAAGUGUUUUCUUCUUGUAAUGAGCUGGGCCUAAUCUCAGUAACUUUAAGGUUUACUUGAUG